UACAAAACUAGUUAGAGCAACUCCAACGGAGCUGCAAAAAAUUAAGAGCUAAAACUCCUUUUUAGAGUGUGUACAGUAAUUUGAAUGCUCACAUUUUUGUAUGCCCUCCAACCAUAUCAGUUAUUAUUCAUAAAUUUAAUAUAUUUUAUUGCUUUUUUACUCUUUUUUGUGAGAUAGCUACAAACUAGGCAUGUCAGGUUAACACUCGUCCCUCCUACUUUUCACAUUUGUUUAUUACUUUUUUAUUAUAGCUUAUGAACUUAAUCUUCUAUAUAUAGAUGACCUAAAGUUAAAACUAGCUCACGGUGUAUAUUUUUCCUUAUCCGUUGGAGCUCAAUUUUGUCUACAGUGUAGUGUUAAAACUUUAAUUUUUAGACUUCAACAAAAUAUAGAGGCUCCAUUGGAGUUGCUCUUACAGCUGGAAGUGGACUUUCAUUGUGAAUGUAUUUUAUCGCAUUCUGAAUAAUUACACAAGGCGCUGUAUUGUUUUUGCGUUUCCUAAUAUUUUUUUGUUCUUCUGACCUGUGGAUGACUGAAUGCUGUUGAUCUUGGUUUCAGUGCAGGGGGAAUGGCAUUGUCAAGUUUAGUGCCUGCAACUGUGAACACACUGUGUUCUCUGGCUAAAAGUUCAAUCACUUGUUUGCAAAUCUGGUCUUUGCAUGGACUUCUCUUGACAAUUGAAGCUGCUGGCUUGUCUUAUGUGUCUCAUGUUCAGGCAACACUUGGCCUUGCUAUAGAUGUUCUUAUGUCCAAUGAGGUUUGCUCUAUUGAGCUUCAUCAAGGUGUGGGCUGCCUUAUAAACGCUAUUGUUGCAGUUCUUGGUCCUGAUCUAGCUCCUGGAAGUAUUUUCUUCUCCCGCUGCAAGUCUGUCAUUGCAGAAAUUAGCUCCAGGCAAGAAACAUCAACACUUCUCGAGAAUGUCCACUUCACUCAGCAAUUAGUACUCUUUGCACCACGUGCUGUUAGUGUGCAUUCCCACAUUCAGGCUCUCCUCCCUACGCUCUCCUCAAGACAGCCGACACUCAGGCUUCUUGCUCUGUCUACCCUACGCCAUCUCAUAGAAAAGGAUCCGGUCUCUGUCAUCAAUGAACAAAUAGAAGUUGCAUUGUUCCAUAUGCUUGAUGAGGAAACUGAUGCUGAGAUUGGCCGGUUAGCUCGUACUACAAUCAUGCGUUUGCUCUAUGAGUCAUGCCCAUCAUGUCCUUCUCAGUGGCUUUCAAUAUGUCGCAAGAUGAUCCUUGCUUUAUCAUCACGGGAUCUCAAGACUAGUGAUAACAUUGAGAGUGCUCUGAGUGGUCCAGGAGCUGAGACAACAAUGCAUUUUGGUGGAGAUGAGGAAAACAUGGUCUCUAGUUCCAAAAGCCAAUCUGCUGAGAGUUUUGCUUCUGUUAAUGCCCACAUUUAUUCCAAAGGCAAGCACCUGAGAUAUCGGACAAAGGUUUUUGCCGCUGAAUGCUUGGGUCAUAUACCGGAGGCUGUUGGAAAGAGUCCUGCUCAUUUUGACCUUGAUGUAGCGAGACAGAAGCCUCCAAGCGGACAUCACUUUGGUGAUUGGCUAGUUCUUCAUUUACAUGAGCUCAUUUCACUGGCUUAUCAGAUUAGCACCAUUCAAUUUGAGAACAUGCGGCACAUUGGUGUAUCACUCCUUAGUACCAUCGUUGACAAGUUUGAAACUGUCAAGGAUCCCGAGCUUCCUGGACACCUCCUUCUAGAGCAAUAUCAGGCCCAACUUGUUUCAGCAAUUCGAACAGCAUUGGACUCUUCUUCUGGUCCUAUACUUUUGGAAGCAGGCUUGCAGCUUGUGACUAAGAUAUUGACAUGCAAAAUUAUCACUCAUGACCAACUCUCUGUGAAACGGAUAUUUUCUUUGAUCUCUCGACCACUAAGUGAAUUUGAUGACCUCUACUAUCCAUCAUUUGCAGAGUGGGUAUCAUGCAAGAUCAAAAUAAGGCUUCUAACAGCUCAUGCCUCUUUAAAAUGUUAUAUUUAUUCAUUCUUGAGAAACCAAGAUAAUGAGAUAUCUGGCGAGUAUGCAUCUCUAUUACCUCUGCUCUCUGAGAGUUCAAACGUUCUAGGUAUGUACUGGCUUGGGGUAUUGAAAGACUACUGUUAUGUCUGCUUCUGUUCACAUCCUAAUGAAAAUUGGAAACCAUUCCUUGAUGGAAUUCAAUCUCCAUUAGUUUCAACUAAUUUGCUCCCAUGCUUAGAGGAAUCCUGGCCCCCCAUUCUGCAAGCAGUUGUAUUUGAUGCAGUUCCAAGGAACUUCGUCUCCAAGGAGUCAUAUUCUACUGAAAAUGAUUCACGGAGUACCUGCAUCUCUGAAUACAACAUGGUUACGCUGGGGUUAGAAGAAUUCCAGUUUUUGUGGGGCUAUUCUCUUAUGGCUUUGUUUCAUGGUCAAGAUCAAUCUCUCCACUAUUGCAUGAAACAAAUGGGCUCUGCAAAAUCUGAAAAAGGGGAUGUGAAUAAUGCAGAAUCAAAGCUCUGUGACACGUUAUUCCCUAUAUUUCAUGCUUUGUCAAGAGAAAGUUUUUUCAAUGCAGGAUUUCUGACAUUGGAGAUCUGUCAAGAGCUGUUGCAGGUCUUUUCUUUUACCACUUAUGCAAGUGAUGUAUGGGACUCUCUUGCAAUGCCAGUUUUUUCUAAGAUUGUUCAAUGUUGUCCCGAAGAAUUCCUAGAGACAGGAAAAUAUGCAGACUUGGCAAUAGAACUCUGUUUGGCAUUUUUCUUUAAAUUCUCAAGUGAUGCAUAUUCUCAAUACCAUUCAGAUAGAGAGGAUAUGAUUUUCUCAGUACUUACUACAACUGUGAUGCUUCUGAGCCGGUUUGAAUCAAAGAUGCGCUUAAAGUCACUAUUGGCUUUUAUAUUGGUUGGUUUCAAAUGCCUUGGAUUGGCAACAACUGAUGUAUUCCUUACAAGAAUGAAAGAUUAUUUCCAGUCCGUCACUCCUUUAAUACAUGUUAAUGGCGCGCCUCACCUUGGAGAUGAUGAUGUCCAGUUCUUUACUGCCACUUUUAGAGCUUGUAUCAGUGCAAGUGCUAGUUCACUUAAGGACUGUAUUGAGAGUAUUCAUCAAUUCCAGGAUAAGAAGUCCAAUAGGCUAAAACUACAUUUCAUGAAGCUUGCUAUGUAUUUGGAGCAAUGUAUUUCAUUGGCUAAAACAGCAUUUGAAGUUGAAUGUCAUAGAGAAAAACAAGAAUUCAAAGUGGUCUUAUAUGCCACAUUAUGCCAUUGCACUAAAUUUUUCCAGACUGUUCUUAGUGAUUCUGAGAUACAGGUUCAAGCAGUUGGUUUGCAGGUAUUAAAGGGAAUACUACAAAAAGGGGCCACUGCAGAAUCCUACUCUAUAGCAAUAUUCUUUGUUGGGGAACUUGUGGAAGGCAUUAUUACAGUAAUCCUGAAAAUUUUAAAGAAAGUGAUUAGUAGGGAAGCUGUAGCAAUUGUUGGAGAAUGCUUGAAAAUCUUAAUGCUUCUCCAGACACUAUCAAAACAUAUCGACAGCCAGAAAGGUCUUAUGAAUCUGCUCUUGGAAACUAUUCUCUUGAUUUUUACAUCAUCAGAUGAUCAUUCUGAGGGAACACGUGAGAUGAGAAUCAUGGCUAUAAAACUGGUCUCACAACUUGCCCAAAUUUCUUAUUCAACUGUCUACUUCAAGGACGUAUUACUGUCAAUGCCUAUAAAUAGGAGACAACAACUUCAAGAUAUAAUUCGUGCAUCAGUGAAUCAUGACGAGAAUCCAGGCCAGUCGAAACCGACUGUACCACCUUUAUAUUUGAAAUUGCCUCCACAAGUUGAGGAAACAGAGCAGAAAGCUUCCCCUGGUUCUCUCACAAGAGAAUCUGAAGACAAUUCCUUGGAAGAGGAAGAAGACGAUUGGGACACUUUCCAGUCUAUUCCUACCUCCUCCGGUGGACCUCACCCUUCCCUAACAGUGGACGAUCCUAAUUUGACAAAGGACGAAUCAUUUUCAAAUAGCGAUUUGGGAAAUAUUGACCCGGAGACACAUAAUAGUUCCAAAUCCUUAGACCUUGUAGAACAACAAAUCACAGUUGCCCAAGAGAACUAUGAAUUCGCCAGUACCAGUUGUUGCAGUGACCAGGUACAAGAGCCCGCCCAUGAUUCCCAACAUAAUUUAGACCAAACUGAGGAACCCCUCCAUUGCGAGGACACCACAGAUAUGAGACAGGAUGUUGAACAUAUCCCAUGUAUUCAAUCUGUUGCGAUGAAAGGAAAAGACACUGAGCCAUCUCAUGAAACUGGGCUUGAAGUGGCUGGCAUUUCUAAUUCAUUGCUGUCUGAGGUCUCUACAGUUUUUUCCGAUGACAGGUGUGGAGAUGGAGGAGAGAACGACGGGUGAAACUGGGGGUCACCAUAACAAGGCGGUAACCUACUCUCUUCAAUGUUACUGUAAAUGUGCCUCAAUUAGUUAUUUUGGGGUCUAUUUUUACUUUGUUUCAGAUUUCGUAGUUUUCUGAAAUAGACCGUCCGGUCUUGGAUAACGGUCAAAACAUCAUUUUUUUGUGACAACGAAUCUGACUUCGUUAUAUUUAGUUUCGAAAGAAAUGAUGCUUCAAGAA